ACAUAUGCCCACCUAAAAGUUGCAAUGAUGUUUUUUUUUCUUCAUGAUUUCAGGCCCUGCAGUUGUUGACCAACUCUUAAAAGAACUUUCAGAAAAAGUAAAAGCUUUAGAGAGUAAAUAUAAGCAAAAGAUGCAAGGCCUUAAGUUGUCGGGCAAAUUCCGUACUGGACAAGGAAAACCUGGUGAAGUUCUAUGUAAAUUUGCCGAGGAGGAGAAAGCUUCCUUGGUUAUUGUUGGUACGCGCGGACUCGGCAAAAUCCGUAGAACAUUCCUUGGCUCUGUCAGUGAUUACGUCAUCCAUCAUUGCCACGUGCCGGUUCUCGUCUGCAGACACUGAGACUGAAAAAAAAAUGAAAAUAGGUUGAUCCAAAACAGUGAAGAUUUUUUCAAGUUUAAAAUAAAGAAGAGAACGGAUAAAACACAGCGUAUGAAAAGACACUGUCAUGCAUUGUUUUUGUACUUUUGUAUCAAACAUCUAUGUAAUAGAUUAUGUUAUGAGACACUGUGCGUUCUUCCUAGCAUUAGCCUUGAUUUGGCAUUUUUGGUCAUUUUUUUGUUUCUCUGAAGUCAUUUAAUUUUCAUAUAUAAACAAUGUAAAAAAACAAAUGAUUUCAAUUUCUUCUCUAUUUUUAAGUUUGAAAGUAUGCCAGAAAAAAGUUUGUUUGAUGUUCAGUUUGGUCGACUGUGUUUAAUGAAAACGUUUUUGCAAUAUUUGCUUCAACUCAGGAUUAUUUAUUCAGCAUUACAUCAUAAUAGCGCACUUAUAAAACAAAAGAACAAAAAAAAAUAAUAUCAACAUUUUGGUUUGUUAAAGGACACUUUAAUUACUCAUAAUUUGUUUAUUAUUUGUUCUGGAGACUUUACACUUUAAAAACUAAUUCAGAAGAUUUGGGAAAAGAUAUAAUAUUUGUUGUUUCCAUGGUAACCUAUUAUUUUUAAGUAUACAUAUAUUAACAAGUGUUGUAGUUGUAGAGAUUGGCCAAUAAUCAGAGUGUACUUUAUGUCUGUAAACAUUUAUAAUAUAUAAUAAAUAUAAUAAAUUAA